AUGGAAACAAAUAGCGAGACCAAAGAAACCCAAACCACACAGUCCUCUUCUACGUCAAACGCACCAGAUAAAUCAACAGGACUAGGCAGCCAGUUGGAAACCAUGGAUCCCGAAACUGCGCAAAAGCAAGCCGAUGAGAAUGAGAACGAUAGCCAUAACAAAAUUGAAAGGGAUGAUGAUACUGGACUUAUGCAACUGGAAAGCCUGUGUAUGAACUGCGAGGAAAAUGGAAUGACGAGACUUCUUUUGAUCAAAAUUCCUUUUUUCCGGGACGUGCUUUUAGAGUCCUUCGAGUGCCCUCAUUGUCAUUUUAAGAAUAACUCCGUUAAAUCCGCCGGCGAGAUCCAAGAGCAGGGCACAAAGUAUACACUCGAGGUGACGACCCUAGAGGAUUUCCAACGUCAGGUUGUCAAGGGCGAUUCGGCAACAUUUCGACUCGAAACCUUGGGGAUUGAAAUGCCAAAGGAAUCAGGGCAGUUCACCAAUAUUGAAGGAAUCUUGACCAAGAUCCUCUCCCAGUUGGAAGCUGAGCAGCCUACUCGCAAAGAAGCUGACCCAGAAUUAUACAAAGCGCUUGAUGGCAUCAUUCAGAAACUGAAGCUGAUAAUUGAAGGGUCUUCAUUCCCGUUCACAAUUUCUCUCGAUGACCCGUCUGGAAAUUCAUGGAUUGCACCGGCUCCGCACGACGAAGGAGGAAAAUAUACCCGCAAGGACUAUCCGAGAACUCGGGCGCAAAACGAAGAGCUUGGCCUCUCUGUAGAAGGGGAAGGAAAUGCCGACGCUGGUGCAAACAUGGUCAUGUCAGCAGGUGAUCCCAGCGACCUCGAUAUCAUCGAUGGCCAAGUUUAUACCCUACCAUCGGAAUGUCCCGGUUGCACUAAGGCCUGCGUCGUUAACAUGCAGAAAGUUAACAUUCCACACUUCAAGGAGGUAUUCAUCUGGAGCACUGUUUGCGAUCACUGCGGAUAUCGCACCAACGAAGUGAAGACAGGCGGCGCUACUCCAGAGAAGGGGCGAAGAAUCAUUCUUGAAGUAGCGGAGCUUUCGGACCUCUCCCGCGACGUUUUGAAGUCAGACACAUGUGCCAUGACGAGCAGUGAGCUCGAUCUCUCCGUGCAGCCAGGCACGCUUGGAGGGAGAUUCACUACUGUAGAGGGUCUGCUCACUCAAGUCCGCGACCAGCUUCACGGGCAAAUUUUCGAAACGGGGGACGAGGACCUUGCUCCUGGUGACUCCAUGCAGACGGGAGACAAGGCGAUCUGGGAUCGGUUCUUUACACGCCUCAAUUCCGCCAUCAAGGGAGAACUGAAGUUUACUGUUACGCUAGAGGACCCGCUUGCCAACAGCUAUGUGCAAGAUCUGUAUUCGCCGGAGCCCGAUCCGCGGAUUAAGAUCGAGGACUACACACGUACGGAUGAAGAGGAGGAUGAGCUAGGCUUGAAGGAUAUGAGGACUGAGGGUUAUGAAGAGGAUAACACAACCGAAGCCGCUCCAUCUGUUGAAGCGGAGCAAAAAUCAUAA